AAUUAUGAAAAGCUAUUUUAUUUUUGGACAAUUUAUUGUGCAUUAGAUAUACUUAUUAAUGUAAUUUUAAGCUUCAAUCAGUUUAGUAACGUGUAGCAGUCCAUAAAGAAGCUCUCCACUGGAUCAUGAGGAAAGCUGAGGUCCAGAUGACCCUGAAGAAGGGUGCUAAUGAAGAAGCAGGAGGAAUGGCACCUCCCAGCCCCAGGAUACCAUCGAAACGGGCAAAAGUUAGUUCUGAUCAGGUCGUACCAGACCCUGCUGCUUCUGUCUACCCUACCCCAACUCCCCCAGUGUUCAUCCGGAAGAUGAGGAACGCUGCGGUAGGUACUGGCUGUGAUAUCCGUCUGAAAGUGGCCGUGGCUGGAGACCCACAACCUACCCUCUACUGGUACCACAAUGAUGACCUGCUCAACAUGGAUAACCAGGAAUAUGGAGGCCUGUGGAUCAGGGACUGCAAACCCAGUGAUGCUGGCCUCUAUACCUGCAUCGCCACCAACAAUCUUGGAGAGGCCAGAAGCAGUGCUGUCCUAGCUGUUUUGGAUUUGGGUGAAGACUCUGAGACUACAGAAGACGAAGCCGCUGAGCCACAAAUACCUCUGGAAGCUAAAGAAGGAGCCAGAGGUUUUCAGGAUGAGGCCCAACGAGUGCCUGCAGGUGAGAGAAUGAUGGAUGUCGCCCCAGAUGCAAGCGAUCGCUGGGCUGCCGGUGAGACCACAGUGUUGGAGAAAGAAGCUCUAGCCCUGGGAUCAAGAGCUCCGGGACCGCAGUCAGCCAGGAGCCCAUCUGAAGAAGUUUUGAGGGAAUCUCCCCCUCAAGUCCUACCACCCCCUUCCCCCAAAAUUGGCCGCUCUACUGCCUCUCCUUUGCUCAGCUGUUCUGGUUCAGCCCCUGCCACACCCCUAGCCCCACGCAAGAAAGUUGUCGUGCCAACUGAAUAUCAAGACACAGUACCAGGAGAGUUUGAGGAGAAGAUAAAGCAACCCAAAUCCUCAGGCAUGUCUCAGAGUAGUGCUCAAGACUCUCGACCCCAAACCCCUGUCAGCGAGUAUUCCCGUAAGGAACUUACACCUCGGCCCUCACCAAAACUGACAAGAGCUAGCUCCAAGAUCUUUGAGAAGGUGCGAGUCUUUGAAGAGCGCAGAAGAAGUAUCGAUAACCCAGAGGGAUCUAUAUCCGGACGCUCUUGGGCUGGAUUUAAUAGAGCCUCGUCUAUUGACUCUGAUGAAGGAGGGAGCCGGUUGGGAAUCUCGAGGGAGAGCUCCAAAGAAGACCUUCGUGAGGCUCUGAAGGCAGACGCAGCCCAGAGAAGGACCGUGUUCAAACAGCGGGCUGCUUCCCUGGAGGACAGACCCCGUUACACCCAAAAGGUGCAGGACAUUGAGAACAAGUUCACAGAGGAGCUCCAGCGCAUCAAAAAGCUUGUCGGUAAACCACACAUGAAGAAAUCCUUCUCAACAGAGCAGCUCUCUACUUUUCGCAGGAGCAGGCAGCCUGUAAGUAAGUUAGAGCCCAUCCCACCUCAGGUUCUUCAAAAGCUGCAGGAUAGAGAGCGUGCUCAGCGAGAACAAGAGAUGAGAGAGAGAGGACAACCAAAAGAACGAUCACCUCCAAAAUCACCAUCUCGCAGACGAAAAGACCAGCUGGCACAACAGUCACUGGAAAAAGUUGAAAGUGAUCGGUCUGUCCCAACCACCAAGUUGGUAAGCACAUUUGGACAAGAACCAUCCCCUCCAGAGGCCAUGUCACUCUCUGAUUUACCUGGACAAAGAUCUCCAAGACUUUGGGGUCCAAGCCCGAGCAGAGAUAGUCCCCGAAGGUCUCCAACUGUAGAGAUUACUGCCAUGGCUGAAGAGCGCUCUCGAGGUAGAUCUGAAUCACCAUCCCGAAAUGUCUUAGAGAUGACAUUACGCAAGGUGGAACCAAGACCUGCAAGUCCACUAGUAAAGAGGGUUGUUCGUGUUCAGGAACUUCCACAAGCAGAUGAUGAGUCCAUGCAUAGGAAGACGCCAAUAGAGGUCACGCUGAGAAAACUGGAAAGAAGGCCUGAAAGUCCUCUGGUGCAAGGAGAAACUGUAGCUAUUCAAGAAUGUCCUGUCCAAGCUCCCCCCAAACCUCCAAGAGUUUCCUCAUCUUCCUCAUCUGAGGAAAAGAUGGAGCUGGAUGUGACUCCUUUGCCAACGGCACCAAAGCUCACCAUACCAAAAAUUAUUGUUGAAGAGGAGCCAAUGGAGACGGACACACCUGCAGAAAAGACUGAAAAGUCUAAGAAAAGUGGCACUGCUAAAGAGGAAAAACCCCAAAGAAGCAGAGGAAGAGGACGCAGACAAAGACCAAUGUCCCCUGAAUUUGAAUCUUCAGACGACUCGUACGUGUCUGCAGGAGAGGAUCCUCUAGAGGCUCCUGUGUUUGAGUUUCCACUUCAGGACACUGUGGCCUUUACUGGAACAGAGGUGCUUUUAAAAUGCAUCAUCAGUGGCACCCCUCGCCCAGAAGUUACAUGGAAGAGAGUCAACACUGAGAUCAAGAACAGCCCAACUCAUGUUGUGAAGGUAGAGGGAGAAAGGCAUUCAUUGCUCCUCAAAUGGACAAAGCCAAUUAAUGCAGGAACAUACACAGUUACUGCUACUAACGAGGUCGGCGAGGUGUCCAGCAGCGCUACACUUUUCAUCAAAUCAGAGCCCAGUCAGGACCAGCGUGGUCCCAUCACAUCUGAUGAGGAGUACCUCAGUCCUCUUGAGGAGGGGAUGGAUUUCUCCUCCUACAGGGGACCUGAGCCGAGGAAGAUCGUGGAUACUCGAUUCAAGGAGCCUCCAUCAUUUCAGGUUGUUAUUGGAGACCAAACAGUUAUAGAGGGUCAAGAGGUGAAAAUGUCUGUUCGAGUGAGUGGACAGCCUAAACCCAUGCUUUACUGGCUGAGAGACAGAGUAACCAUUAAAACGGAUGCACGGCAUAUCGUCCAUGAGACAGAAGAGGGCAACUUUGAAAUUAUAAUUAAAUCGGCACAGAAGUCAGACUCUGGUGUUUACACCUGCAAGAUCAUCAACGAGUAUGGGACUAAACAGUGUGAGGGCAAACUGGAGGUGAAAGCUCGUCCAAUAGAGCCAGGCCUGGCCAUCAUUCGGCCAGUGAGGGACAUGAUGGUGAAGGCAGGGGAGACUGCCUUGUUCGAGUGUCAUGUGAUCGGCCCACAGGACACAGAUGUUGAUUGGCUGUCAGAUGGGAAACUCAUCCAACCAGCUCUGUUGAACUGUAAGAUGCACUUUGACGGGAAAAGGUGCAGGCUGCUGCUUAACUCUGUACAUGAGGAUGACAGUGGAACAUACACGUGCAAACUAAGCACAGCCAAAGAGGAGCUGACCUCUAGUGCCAAGCUAAAGGUCGUAGCAUCCAUAGAGCCCCUCUUCACCCGUAAACUGGAUGUACUAGAAGUUAUAGAGGGUCGUAAUGCUCGAUUUGACUGCAAGGUCAGUGGGACGCCACCUCCUCAGGUCAUCUGGAGCCACUUUGAUCAUCCGCUGGAGGAAAGCGAAGACAUUCGGAUCGUAAAAGAAGGUGGACGGCACUCAUUAAUCAUCUCUCAUGUUAAUAAUGAAGAUGAGGGUCUCUACACAGUAGUAGCACGGAACUCACACGGAGAGGAUGAGUGCGCAGCGGAGCUAUAUGUGCAGGAGCCCAGACCAGCAAUAUCCUCUCAAAUGUCCCUGAUGUAUGCUGUUCAGCAGCAAGCUCUAGGGUCAAUCCAGUGGACCAUCAUCGCUUCUUGCCUGAAACAGACCACCUAUACCAUUACCAAUCUGUCUAAAGGUGUCCGCUACGCCUUCAGGGUGCUAUCAAUCACCAGCAAGGCCUUUAGCAAGCCAUCGCCUGCCACCGAGCCAGUGCAGCUGCUAGAUAGAGGUCCGUACCUCCAGGAGGCUCCUGUAAUUAUUGACAAGCCGGACAUUGUAUAUAUGGUGGAGAAGCAGCCCUUAAGCAUCACAGUCACUCUCAACCACGUCAAUGCAUCAUACAUUAAAUAUUACAUAUACACUGUUCAAAACAUCCUUCCUGACCCGCCAGAUGGGGCCCCAGUUAUUGAGUCCAUCACUGGCAAGACUAUCACACUAAGCUGGAAGAAACCCAGAAGACUGGAUCCGUCCAUUGAUCCUAGCUCCCUGAUGUAUGCUGUUCAGCAGCAAGCUCUAGGGUCAAUCCAGUGGACCAUCAUCGCUUCUUGCCUGAAACAGACCACCUAUACCAUUACCAAUCUGUCUAAAGGUGUCCGCUACGCCUUCAGGGUGCUAUCAAUCACCAGCAAGGCCUUUAGCAAGCCAUCGCCUGCCACCGAGCCAGUGCAGCUGCUAGAUAGAGGUCCGUACCUCCAGGAGGCUCCUGUAAUUAUUGACAAGCCGGACAUUGUAUAUAUGGUGGAGAAGCAGCCCUUAAGCAUCACAGCGACUCUCAACCAUGUCAAUGCAUCGGUCACAUGGAAGAGAGGAGGAGUGACAUUGUCUAACAGACUGGGUCUGUUUGAGCUGAGCAUGCCUGAUGAUGACCAGCAUACACUGAAUCUGUGCAAGGUAAAGAGCAGUGAUGUUGGUCAGCUCACCUGCAUCGCCAGCAACAAGUAUGGCAGCGACUCCUGCACCCUAACCCUGGAAAUGGCAGUGGCGCCAACUUUUGAGACCAUCAUGGAAGACCUGGAUGUGAAUGUAGGCGAGACUCCUCGUUUUGCAGUGGUGGUUGAAGGAAAGCCUGUCCCAGAUAUCCUCUGGUAUAAGGGAGACACCCUGCUGUCCGAAAGCAGCCAUUUCACAUUUGUGUACGAUGACAAUGAAUGUUCUCUAGUGGUACUGAACACUCAAGCCGAUGACUCAGGAGUUUACACCUGUACUGCUAAGAAUCUGGCCGGUUCUGUGUCCUGCAAGGCUGAGCUGACUGUCCACAUCGUUAAAGAGUACAAAGACGACCCCAUGGUGGAUGAGGCGUCCAUCCUAAGAAAGAUGCGGAGGCUCACUGAUUACUAUGAUGUGCACAAGGAAAUUGGGAGAGGGGCGUUCUCAUAUGUGAAACGAGUGAUACAGAAGGCGGGAAAGAUUGAAUAUGCAGCCAAGUUCAUUUCUGCUCGGGCUAAACGGAAGGCCUCCGCUCUGAGAGAGCUGAACAUCCUGUCUCAUCUAGACCAUGAGAGGAUCCUCUACUUUCACGAUGCCUUUGAGAAGAAGAAUGCAGUCAUCAUCAUUACAGAGCUAUGCCAUGAGGAGCUUCUCGAAAGGCUUACAAAGAAAUCAAUAGUAAUGGAGUCAGAGAUCCGAUCCAGCGUGAGGCAGCUGUUGGAGGGUAUUAGCUAUCUUCAUCAGCAUGACAUACUUCAUCUAGACAUAAAGCCUGAUAAUAUCCUCAUGGCAGACCCUAGUAGUGAUCAGAUCCGCAUAUGUGAUUUUGGAAAUGCUGUAAAGUGCACGCCUGAUGAGGCACAGUACUGCAAAUAUGGCACUCCAGAAUUUGUCGCCCCAGAGAUUGUUAACCAGACACCCGUCUCCAAAGCAACAGACAUCUGGCCUGUUGGAGUUCUAACAUACUUAUGUCUCACUGGAGUUUCUCCUUUCGCUGGAGAAAACGACCGCAGUUCUGUUCUCAACAUCAGGAACUAUAAUGUGGCUUUUGAAGAAAGCAUGUUUACCGACCUCUGCCAUGAAGCUAAGGGAUUCGUCAUCAAACUGCUGGUGGCUGAUAGAUUGAGACCUGAUGCUAAUGAAUGUCUUCGGCACCCCUGGUUCAAGACCCUGAAUAAGGGUAAGAGCAUCAGCACAGAUUCACUUAAAAAGUUUUUGUCCAGAAGAAAAUGGCAGCGAUCUCUUAUCAGCUAUAAAUCUAAGAUGGUGAUGAGGUCUAUAGCCGAGUUACUGGAUGACUUCUCCAGCCAUAUUUCCAUUGCUGUUCCACGACAUCUGAAACAAGGCUCACCACCACCUUCAUCAUCUUCAGAUUCAGAUGAAGACAUCGAUGAGCUGCCUUUUAUCCCAAUGCCCAUAAACAUGGAAUUCUCAGGUUCUAGAAUGUCACUGACUGAAAUUGUAGGGGAUGAUGAAAUGACAGGUAGACCGAAUGGAAAUGCUGCGAAGCCUGCUUCUAGCCAUCAGAUGUCAGAGCCCAUGGAAGUGGAGAUGUCAGAGAGAGAGGGUGGAGAUGCAACUGCUAGGGGUAGAGCCAGGAAGAGGUCAACGCAAGAAGAUGAAAAAGGCUCAUCUGAUGAAGAACCAGCAGAAUUGGCCAAAAUAGCCGAACAGGCAAAGAGACCAAUGCGCAGAGGUUCAAGCAUGGAGUCAGAUGAGCCUGAGGGAGUGCGUCACAGAGGAGAGUUACGCAGAGGGAGCUCGGCUGACAGUGCCCUACAGCUCCACAUCAAAACAGAGGAGGGCACAGAAGAAAACUCUACCGAUGGAAGUAGAAUUUUACAAAAGUCAGUAUCUAUGGAGCUUCCAAGGAGAAGCCCAAGUCCAGGAGCUGCAAAGCUGAGCCAGGAAGACUAUGCCCUGAAAUUGGAACUGAUGAGGCAGAGACUUCUCAGGAGUGGCUCUGUAGACAACAAGAUGAGUGGAUUACGAGGACCAUUGCUAGAGACAUUAGGUAUGGGGGAUGAGAAGCGCUAUGUGCGGGGGUCUCGCCUUGGUAACCCUCCACUUGUUAGAGCGGCAUCCAGUGAGUCUCCUAAGGAUGACAUCCCAAAGACGAAGAUACUCCGCAAGAGUGCUUCCUUUAGCCAGGGUGAUUCAGAGCCCAUGCCCCUGCACCGACGGAUGGGAGCACCUCUAGAGAUCCCACUGGCACAAAUAGAAGAGAGACGACUGCAGGAAGCUGUAUCUAUGUCUGCUCUCACAGAGCCAGUGAAGGAUUCUCGCCCUGUCACCCUAAAAAUUCAAACGCCAGAUCCAGAGAGACAUGAGGAAGAGAAAAUUGAGGAAAAAGAGUCAGCAGUCUACAAGGACAAUAAAUCUAAAGAAGUCAUUGUUGUGUCAAAGACUAAUGCAGAAAUAUCCAGAAGUGUUGAUCAGAAAUCUUGGGAGACUGAUGCACAAGAGAAUGUCCAGGCCAAGUUAGAGGAGCUCAGUGAAGAGUCUGAAAAAGUGGAUGAAAUUAAGCUGAAGACCCCCAUAGCAGAGGAAACAAUUGAGGAAGAGGAGGAAAGAGAGGAUAAAGAACCAGAGAAAGAAGUGGAGCCUCUUGCUCCAGAGAUUGAGGUUAAAGAAGUUGAGGAUGAAGUAAAGGCAUCACCAAAGUCUCCAGAGAUCACCAUUUCCACCAGCUCCAUCAUAGUGACCCCAACAGCUGCCCCAGCUCUCAGCCCCCAGAGUGUUGUCUCAACCUAUGUGACUUCAUCACUCCCUGCACGUACAGUGCUCCCAGAUGGUAGGGUGUCUGCAUAUGCCAGUAUCAUGCAGACUAUUAUGGUACCAUCGGUCCAGACAUCCAGCCAACCCGAUCCUGUUCCUGUACCUACACCUACAACAACAUCCACCCCACCAUCAGUUCCAGUCUAUGCACCCAUUUCCAGACACAUCUCUGAACCAACCCUUUUGUCAACUUCUUCAUCCAAACCAGACCUUCACCAAACCACUGAACAUCCUGCAGUCUUUUCUCGGGUUGCCUCAACAGAACAUCCUCCUAAAGAGCCAAGUCCUCCUAAGACUCCCACUCGUGCCUCCCCUAAGCGAGAGCCGUCUCCUGGAUGCAACAUUCGGGACCUUGCAUCUGAAGAAGUCUUUGAAGCUCGCUUCAAGAAGCGUGAGUCCUCUCUAACUCGUAGUCUUAAACGCUUCUCAUUCCAGAAGACUGAAGAAAAGCCUUCCACUGUUGCUCCAGAAACUGCAGAAGAAAUGUAUCGCCCAGGGCCAAUUGGUGCACCUUUACAAUUUGUACCAAGGAGGUUGGAGGAGAAGUCCAAGUCAGUUCAGGAUCUUCGUGAGGCAGAGAAGGACCCUGGGUUCAUGAGGAGACUCUCAAUGCGCUUGAAAAGAACCCCAUCAGUAGAGAGGCAGGAAGUGAAGCUCAAAGAGGAGGAAGCUUCAGCACCCAGACGUCGUCUGUCCUGGGCACUGGGAAGGAGAGGAUCCCAAGAAAAGAAAGAGAUUGAGAUGGUGAGGUUGGAUGGAGGUCCUGAGCCUCCCCCAGAGCCUGAGUCCAAAGCACCCUCAGAGUCACCGAUCCUUGCCAUGCGCAAGAAGAUUGGCAGUACCAUGGCAAGCCUAUCAACAAGGAUUAGGAGCCACUCUGAGGAAAGGAAAGCUGAUAAUGAAAGCAAGAUGGAGAAGAGGACACCUAUAUUUACAAAAAUGCGGCGUUCCACCUCAGAGGGUAGCAGUCUGAAGAGGAUGGGUGUUCCACAGAAUCAACUGGCUGCCCAAUCAGGGAAAGGGACGUCAUCAGAAUCUCUCGAUUCCAUGUCAAGCAUCCAGUCAGAAUCAGCUGUUAAAAGUGCAGAAAUUGAGCGCAGAUCACGAUGGGACCGCUGGGGGUUGACAAUGGGAAAAAGAGACAAGACGGUUUCCCAACCAGACAUCCCAGCUUCCAUUGCCAGGGAGAAUGGCUCUCUCCGCUCUCGCCAGUACACACGUCUAACAUCUGACUUCCCUCCUGUGUUCCAUAUCAAACUAAGGGAUCACGUUCUCUUGGAGGGAGAUCCCGUCACUCUCAGCUGCCUCCCUGCUGGCAGUCCUCACCCACGCAUCUCAUGGAUGAAAGAUAAGAAGCCACUUGAAAUCGACCCAAGGAUGAACAUGAUAUCCUGUCCUGACGGGAGACAGCUGCUGAUGAUUAUGAAGACCACCAAGAAGGAUGCAGGCCUUUAUGAAUGUGUGGCUUCAAAUGCACUGGCCUCUGUCACCAGCUCAUGCGUCGUGUCCCUUGCGCGUCUGCCUAAUAGUCCUGGGACUCCUGAGGUUCCUCAGAAGUAUAAAAACACUGCUCUGGUGGUAUGGAGACCCUCAGACACCACGGCACCAUGCACCUACUCUCUGGAGAGGAAGACAGAGGGUGAGACUAACUGGCUGAUAGUAGCCACAGGUGUUGCUGACUGUUACUACAAUGUCACGGACCUUCCAACUUGUGCAGCAUACAGGUUCAGAGUGGCCUGUGUGAACAAGGCUGGCCAGGGACCUUACAGCAAUCUGUCUGAAAAAGUUGUCCUGGACUCAACAGUUAUUUCUACAGCACCCCAAAAGUCCAGUGGAACAGUUGUUGUCAAGACACUUUCAUCAGCUCCGGCUGCUGCGCCUACAGUGGUAACAUCCACCAUGACUUUACCUGCAAUGAAGCCUGCUGCCAUUAAACAGGCUGCAGCACCACCGGUGACUUCAGUGCCCUCUACAGUCCAGCCGGUAAAGCCUGUGUCUCCACCUGCUGCACCUGCAUCAGCUACGACACCUUCCCCUGCCACCCUUCCCCCGACGCAUCGUACUGUGCCUGAUAUCCGAACUCCAUCCUCUAGUGCUCCUACCUCAGCGAAAGCUAAGACUACUGUCAACAUCACUAUGGCCAAACCCUCCCCAGGAUCCCCUGCAGCUCAACCUCCUCCUGCCAAACCCUCACCACCUGUCGUUCUGCCCAAACCUCAGACCCCAGUCAAUGCGGUCUUCCCCCCUCCUCAAACCCCUCCGGUGUCCCCGCCCCCUCUGGUCUCCCCUCCGCCUGCUAUCGGCAAGCCUAUCUCCUCAGUGCCUAUGUAUGUCCCGGCCACCACCACAGCACAUGUGACUCCAGUCACCCCAAACACGCCUUCUCCUGCCCUGUCACCACCGGUGGUGUUAGUUACAAGUCUGAGUCCCGUAGGGGAGGGUACUGGCACACCCAAUCGUACGACUCCAAGUGGAAGAGCCACUCCUUCUGGACGCAUCACUCCUACAGGGCGCAGGACCCCUAUAGGAAAACCUGGAGACUCGACCCUAAGGCAGGGAGUCCCACAGAAACCGUACACAUUCAUGGAUGAGAAAGCAAGAGGUCGUUUUGGUGUGAUCAGAGAGUGUCGGGAAAAUGCCACCGGUAACCUGUACAUGGCCAAGAUUGUGCCGUAUGAACCUGAGAGCAAGCAGGCCGUGUUACAGGAGUAUGACAUACUGAAGUCCCUCCAUCAUGAGAAGGUCAUGGCUCUGCAUGAGGCCUACGUCACCCCACGCUACCUAGUGCUCAUCUCUGAGUGCUGCUCAGGGAAAGAGCUGCUCUAUAGUCUGAUUGACAGGUUCCGAUACUCCGAGGAUGACGUGGUGGCGUAUGUUGUACAGAUACUUCAGGGUCUGGACUACCUGCACAGCCGGAGAAUCCUGCAUCUGGAUAUCAAACCAGACAAUAUCAUUGUAACUUACAUGAAUGUGGUUAAGAUAAUUGAUUUUGGUAGUGCACACACCUUCAAUCCACUGUUCCUGAAGCAGUUCUCCCCACCUAUUGGAACACUGGAUUACAUGUCUCCUGAGAUGUUGAAAGGAGAUGUGGUGGGUCCACCGGCUGACAUCUGGAGCGUUGGCAUAUUGACUUAUAUCAUGCUCAGCGGGAGACUGCCGUUUACUGAGAAUGACCCUGCUGAGACAGAGGCCAGAAUUCAGGCAGCCAAGUUUGAACUUAGUAAGCUCUACCAAAAUGUGUCCCAAAGUGCCUCUCUGUUCCUCAAGAAGAUCCUGUGCAGCUACCCUUGGGCCCGUCCUACCAUUAAGGACUGCUUUAACAACUCUUGGCUGCAGGACGCUUAUCUAAUGAGACUGCGGAGACAGACUCUCACAUUUACCACCACACGCCUCAAGGAGUUCCUGGAGCAGCAGCAGCAGGUCAGGGCCGAGGUGGUAACAAAGCACAAAGUCCUUCUACGUUCCUACCAAAGCACUCCACAAACCCCAACUACCCCCUCAACACCCGGCACCCCUGCAGCACCCAUCUCUCAGUGAGCUCCAGCACAGGACGUCCUCCAGAGAGAUGAGAAGACGGCUCCGGGGUUCUCCAGGAUAAGGACAGAGAGAGACACAGCCUCAGGACAUCCCAGCACCUCUAAGCUGCCCUCGGUGGGCCCUUAGGGGGCCGGUUAACAUAUGGUUUGUGUUAGAAUAUCAAGCACAGGAUCUUUUGGUCUCAACACCUGAGGUCAGUUCUGAGACAAGAAACACACACACACACACAAAACCUCUCAUCUAAAAGCGUAAUGGAUUUCAGCACAUUUACCUCCGUUAGCCAGCAUGCACAGUGCAGUUGUGUUUUUGUCCAGGACGAUGUCCUUACUUUAAGCUCUCCCAUCCAACACUUUUUUUCUUAUGACUUUUUGACAAACCAAUUUUAGCAUUGGAUCUCUAGCGAAUGGUCAGGAACUUUGGACCCAUCGUGGUUGAGAAGAGUGACUGUAUUUCAUAUACAAAGAUCAAGAAGACAGCGAUCUAGUCCAUCACUUGACGCAGAAAAUGUCAUGUCAAUGUGUAUUUUUUUGUGGUGUCUUCCAAUUGUGAACCAGGGCCUUGAGAUUUGUGGAAAAUGGUGUAUAUCUUUUUUUGAACUAGUUUUUAUGGCAUAAGUAAUACUUUUAUUACUGCUAGUUGUUAUACUGUAGUGAUUAUCAGUGUAUAUGAAAACUAUUGACUGAAAUCAUGUUGAGCACUCUAGUUCUUACUCUAGUGCCGUCAGACAAGAGGCUUUUUGUCUUUUACUAAAGUGGACUGAUUUUAUUGUAAUAUUGAAAGGCCUCACAGCUUUAGGGAGUGACUUUUUGCAAGAAUUCCCAGUGCAUUGAAGCUCAUAUGGUUUGGCUUUCCCUGACACCUAACAAACUCAACUUUUGAUAUGUUGCGGUCUUUGUGUUUAACACCGGGAAUGUAUUAUAUAUUGCAGAUUUCAGUGUAGCAUACGCAUGCAUCAGUACAAAUUCCUCUUCAUAGCGUAUGGUUUUAGGAGAAAACUCAGUCCCUGUGAAUGCAAGAGAACGGUAUAAUGGCCAAAUUGCAGAGUGAACUCAAUUCUGUACUCUAGCGCUAAUUGUCCUCAUGCAGAGAUCAGCUGGUUCAAGAUGUGCCUGGAAAAAUACCUAUUGAUCAAUGGAUGGAACGGAAAUGUCUCCGGAAAGUGGCAUUUUUUUUUCUGAAGGGACUAGAAUAUGUUGUAAAACAUGUUGGCUGCUGCACUGAAUGUUUAUGAGAAUCUUAAGUAUGUUAUUUGAAAGUUUUUGCUGUAAGAUUAAUUUAUUCCCCAUGAAUAAGAAUCAUUUUAUGGUCAUGAUUAUCAUAAUCAUGACCAUAAAAUCAUAAUCUUUGCUCAAUUAAAAAUAAUAUUAUUUAUCUAAA